AUGGGCAAGGCAUUUUUACACAGAAUCAGACAAACUGCAGACGACCAACAGUGUCUCUCACCUGAACAUGUCAAGAUCCUGUUUUCAAACAUCGAGGACAUCCUGGAGUUGCACAAAGAGGUGCUCUCUGCUGUGGAGGCAGGUUUGCAGCCUGAACCCCAGCCCCAGCAGGCCCUGGGACACGUCUUCCUCCAGUUUAAGCAGAGUUUCUCGGUUUACGGCGAGUACUGCAGCAACCACGAGAAGGCCCUGCGGCUCCUCAUGGAGCUGAAUAAGAUCCCCGACAUCAGGACCUUCCUCCUGCACUGUAUGCUGCUGGGAGGGAAGAAGAGCACAGACAUUCCUCUGGAAGGAUACCUUCUCACGCCCAUCCAGAGGAUCUGCAAGUACCCGUUACUGCUGAAGGAACUUCUUAAAAGGACUCCGAAGAAGCACGCUGACUAUCCCGCGGUGGAGGAAGCUCUGCAGGCCAUGAAGGCCGUCUGCUCCAACAUCAACGAGACCAAGAGGCAGAUGGAGAAGCUGGAGGCGCUGGAGCAGCUGCAGUCCCACAUCGAGGGCUGGGAGGGAACCAACCUGACUGAUAUCUGCACGGAGCUGCUGCUUCACGGAAAUCUCCUCAAAAUCUCAGCCGGCAACAUUCAAGAGCGGGUUUUCUUCCUGUUCGACAACCUGCUGGUUUACUGUAAGAGAAAGUCCAGGGUUUCUGGAAAGAAGUCCACUAAGAGGACCAAGUCCAUCAACGGGCCCCUCUAUGUGUUCAGAGGCCGAAUCAACACGGAGGUGAUGGAGGUGGAAAAUGUGGAAGAUGGAACAGCCGACUACCACAGCAACAACUACACGGUGACUAAUGGCUGGAAGAUCCACAACACGGCGAAAAACAAGUGGUUCGUCUGCAUGGCUAAAAACGCCGAGGACAAGCAGAAGUGGCUGGACGCCAUCCUGCGGGAGCGGGAGCAGAGAGAGAGUCUCAAGCUGGGGAUGGAGCGGGACGCCUACGUGAUGAUCGCCGAGAAGGGGGAGAAGCUCUACCACAUGAUGAUGACCAAGAGUCGGCACCUGAUCAAGGACCGCCGCAAAAAGCUCAGCAUCGUGCCCAAGUGCUUCAUGGGAAAUGAGUUCGUGUCGUGGCUGAUAGAAAGUGGAGAGAUCAGUAAGCCGGAGGAGGGAGUCAACCUGGGACAAGCCUUACUGGAAAACGGCAUCAUUCACCACGUGUCGGACAAGCACCAGUUCAAGAACGAGCAGGUGAUGUACCGGUUCCGCUACGACGACGGGACGUACAAGGCCCGCAGCGAGAUGGAGGACAUCGAUGUACCGGGCGUCAGGCUGUACUGCCGCCUGCACAGCCUCCACACGCCAGUCAUCAAGGACAGAGACUACCACCUGAAACACUUUAAAUCGGUGGUGCCGGCCAGUAAACUGGUGGACUGGCUGAUCCUGCAGGGAGACUGCUCCACCCGGGAGGAUGCUGUGACGCUGGGAGUGGGGCUCUGCAACAAUGGCUUCAUGCACCACGUCUUGGAGAAGAGCGAAUUCAAAGACGAGUCCCAGUUCUUCCGUUUCUACGCCGAUGAGGAAACCGAAGGAACGAGCAGCAAGAGCAAGCAGCUCCAGAGAAAUGACUUCAAACUCAUAGAAAACAUCUUAGCCAAGUCCCUGGUGAUUCACCCCGAGGAGGAAGGCUACGGCUUCGAGAUUGAAGAGAAAAACAAGGCCAUUGUGGUGAAAUCUGUCGCCAGGGGCUCACACGCCGAGAUGGCCGGGCUUCAGGUGGGCAGGAAGAUCUACACCAUCAACGAGGACCUGCUGUUCCUCCGGCCCUUCUCCGAGGUGGAGACCAUGAUCAGCCAGGCCUUCUGCUUGAGGCGCUCGCUACGGCUGCUGGUGGCCACCAAAGCUAAGGAGAUCCUGAAGAUUCCCGACAACCCAGACAACCUCUCCUUCAGACUGUGUGGAGCCGCUCCCCCUCACGUCCAUGCUGUACGGAAAGGCUGGGAGGCAGCAGGGGCGGGUCUGCAGCCCGGACAGGUCGUCCUGAAGGUCAACGGCAACAAUGUCAACCACGGUGACCACCAGGACGUCCUGGAGCACUUCACGGCCCAGCACACGCACCAGGAGCCUCCCAAAGGGUGUCACUGGGUGUACCGGGCCUUUGAGGACGUGGAGGAGCUGCAGCGAGAGCAGGGUGAGGACGAGGAGGAGGAGAGUCCGUUCAGCCCGUACCCGCUAGAGAACGGCUCGGACCGCGAGGAGGAGAACGGGACCAACGGAACAGACCACCGGCUUUCCAGACUCUCUCUCUCCGAGGAGCUGCCCCUGGUCAGCCUGACGGUGGACAACGUCCACCUGGAGCACGGCGUGGUGUACGAGUACGUCAACACGGCCGGCAUCAAGAGCCACGUCCUGGAGAAGAUCGUGGAGCCCAAAGGCUGCUUCAGCCUCACUGCCAAGAUCCUGGAGGCGUUUUCCGCUGACGACAGCCUCUUCGUACGCAACUGCAGCCAGCUCAUCUCCCAGAGCGACCGGGUCGUUACCAUGCCACAGUACGAGUUCAGACAAAUCUGUGACACCAAGCUGGAGAGUAUCAGACGGCGCAUCAGCAGCUAUCAGCAGUUUGCCCAGGAGCUGAGGACCAAGGUGUUUCCCUCCUUCAGGCAGGCGGGGGUUCGGCCUCACUCUCUGGGCUGCAUGGACUUCGUUCCCACAAACUGUCACGUCAACUUGAUGCAGGUCUCCUUCCCCAAGAGCACCACGUCUGCCGGCAGGACCUUCAGCAUCCGCUUCGGACGCAAGAACUCCAUCUUUGGUCUGGACCCGGACCAAGCUCAACUGAACCCCAUGUCCCACACCCAGCACUGCAUGACCAGCAUGGGCGCUCCGUCCUGGAGCUGCACCGGCCUGGAGGGCGACGAGCCCGACGCCGCCGACGAGGUGACUCUGGACGGAGGCGAGCCGGACGCUCGGCGGGGGAUUCACGGCGAAGGCGGUCUCAGUUUCUUGCUCAAACAGGAAGACACAGAAACACAGGAUGCCUACAUCCUCCUGUACAGCCGCUUGGACGUCGCCGUGAGGGAAAUGAGGCAAUACGUUGCUCAAAUAGACGUACUGCUGUCGUCCAUCACGGAGCCCACGCAGCUCCAGGGAGAAGGUGGAGAGCCUUUGGCCUACGAACCCAGCCAGCCCAUCUCCAUGGCUCCCUGCGAGGACGGCGGUGAGCAGGACAAGACGGAGCCGGGAGGAAUCAAGAGAGUCUGCUUCAAGGUGAACGAGGAGGACCAGGAGGACUCGGGCCACGACACCAUGAGCUACAGGGACUCCUACAGCGAAUGCAACAGCAACAGAGAUUCGGUCCUGUCCUACACCAGCGUGCGAAGUAACAGCUCCUACCUGGGCAGUGACGAGAUGGGAUCAGGCGACGAGCUGCCGUGUGACAUGAGGAUUCCCUCGGACAAGCAGGACAAGCUGCACGGCUGCCUGGAGCACCUGUUCAAUCAGGUGGACUCGAUCAACAGCCUCCUGAAAGGAAUCAUCAUGACCAAGGCCUGUGAGGAAACCAGGCACUUCUACUCGGACCACAGCCAGCCAGAGUUUCGCCAAACUGAAGACUGGACUUCCCGCUGCCGUUACAUCAUCCAUAAAAAUAUCCAGGAGGACCCUUGGAACCUGCCCAGCUCCAUCAAGACGCUGGUGGAGAGCCUGCAGAGGUUUGUGGACGACGGAAGGAACCAGCUUCUCCUGGCUCUGCUCAAGUGCACAGACACGUCUCUGCAGCUGCGCCGGGACGUGAUCUUCUCCCAGGCGGUGACGGGUGCCCUGGUCACGCUGGCCGAGCAGCUGCUGACGGCCUUACGGCUACGCUUCAACAACUCGGGCGAGUACCAGGAGGACAGCAAGGAGACGAGCCGCAAGUGGCUGGAGCAGAUCUCCGCCAUCGGCGUGCUGCUGCACUUUCAGUCCACGCUCGGGCCACACCUGAAGGAGGAGCGGACCACGCUGGAGGACACCAAGGCCGCCCUGUUGGACCUGGACAAAGUCACUGUGUUCUUCAGGCAACUGGAGGACGAGUAUCUCGUUGCAAACACGCCGGUGUGCUACCAGGUGGAGGGCAGCAGACACGCCCUGAGGGUCACCAUGUACCUGGACAGCUGCCACUUCAGCGAGCUGCCCAGCCGGCUGCAGAACGGCGGCAGCCUGAAGCUGCACACCGUCCUCUUCACCCGGGCGCUGGAGCGUCCCGAGGGAGCGUCCCCGCAGGACUACAUGCACAUGGAGGAGUUCCAGCAGCGCAUCAAUGCCGUCUCCUUCGAGAAGGUCAAGGCGCAUUACCGCAGACUCAGAGCUUUCUAUUUGGAGAAGUCCAAUCUGCCCACGGACUCCAACUCUGCAGCCAUGAAGAUAGACCAGAUACUGGGCCUUGAAGUUAGAGACCUUCAACCAAGCAUUUCCAAACUGCUGCGACCCCUCAACACCCUGGACGACCUCUGUCGGCUGAUGCAGUCGUACCUGAACGCGCGGCCGAGCGCCCAGGGCCACCCGUCGGGCGUCAGCGUGCUCUGCGUGUCGUCGGAGCUGUGUAACCGCCUGGGGGCCUGCCACAUCACCAUGUGUGGAACCGGCAUGCAGAGGUGCACUCUCGGCGUUACGCUGGAACAAACGAUGAUCCUCGCCAGGAACCACGGGCUCAUGCCGCGCUGCAUCAUGCAGACCAUGGACAUCAUGAGGAAACAGGGGGCAAGGGUUGAGCUCUCUGCUAAAAAUCUCAAGGUAAUGGACCAGAUGCCUCCGUCAGCUCCGAGGCUCUUCAAGCUGUGUUUGCCGCCUUCGGACGGAGAUCUCUAAAAGCACUUCAGACGAUUCACGACGGACGGAGAGAAUGCAGAAGUGGAGGAUAUAAAGACUUGAGGAGAGCUUUGACGCCUCCGAGUGAAACAGGGAUCAUUCCAGACUGAAAACCACCAGAGUCUCAAGAUGUUCAGAUAACCAAUGAGAGUAACCGACGGGUCAACCACAAGGACAACUUAUGCAACCGGAGGACCGAAACUAGUCUAACACUGGUGAAAUAUACCAGAGGAAAUUACAGAGCCGUCCUACGAAAAGCGGACACGAAUGACUCGACAACUUGGCACAGGAUUUUCCACAAACAAACCGGACGAGGCCUCGGAAGAACGAUGUCAAGAGUGAUUUAAGCUCACAAACCGAGCUUGUAUUAUUAACUUUAUUAACCAAACUACCUGUAGCUGACUGUCGUCUUCAAAUGUCGAUGUUGUCUACUUUUCCCUUGACUGCAAACUCUGGAGAGCUGGCGCUUUUUCUCCGCGUGGGCCGGCGUUCCCCAGGGCUCGGUGUUUGGACCACAAUUGAAGUAGAAUACUUGAUCACUCUGUCAUUCGUGUGCUAUAGCGGAGCGUGUACAGUCGAUGCCGAAAGUCAAAGAGUAGGCGGAGAGAUGGAGGUAGGGAUUGAGGGACAAACGGGUGGUUUUAAAAGCGGGGGAAGGGCUGUUUUUUUCUUCAGCUCGUUGCAUGUGGUUACUGUGCAAUUACUGUAGGUUUAGUGUGAGAACUGUAUUGCUGCAUUAUAUGAAGGAUAGCUAUUUAUUGUGUCCAGAAGAAGCGUUUUUAUGGCUUACAUAGUCUUUAUCAGGUAUUAAAGAAUUUAAAAGCAUUCCAGCCUACAUAUUGAACAGUAUUUAAAGGACCAACGGCAUGCCAUUUUUUAAGAAAAAGAUUUCUGCGUGUGUAUUUCGUUUUAUUUAAGUGUAAGGAAUCUGAUUUCUUCAGGAAUUGUUGCAUUAAUCAUCAGGGAAAAUGCAAAGGGAUGAAAGGACUGAAGUUAGAAUCAGGACAAAGGUAAAAUAAACACGGUGCUCCGUCACCAAACAG